AUGACAACGUUCGAUAUUUAUAAUAAACGUUUGAAGAAGGAAAAACCUUGCUUCAAAUUAAAAAGAGAUUCUCCUUUAUCUUUUCAAAAAUGUAUUGAAAUAUGGUGUGAUAUCGAAUUAAUUAAAUAUAAUAUACAUGAUGAAAAGCUUUUAAAAAAGUUAAGAUACGAAAUAAAAGAAAUAAUUUAUUCAAAUAUAUUAUAUAAGACAAAAAAAAAUUUUCAACUUUUUCAUAUGUUUUAUAAUUAUAAAUAUAAUUAUAAUGUAGAAUAUGUGACACGUCAGUAUAUGUUUAAUUUAAGUAUGAAGGGUGAUGAUACUUAUUAUAGUUUGCUAAAAAGGUAUUAUGGGGAAAAAAAAAAAAAUAAAAUAAAAUAUGGAAACGUAGGUAAUUAUGAUAAUAAUAGUAACCAUUCUGAUGAUAAUAAUAAAAACCAUUGUAAUGAUAAUAAUAAUAAAAACCAUUGUGAUGAUAAUAAUAAUAACAACCAUUGUAAUGAUAAUAAUAAUAACAACCAUUGUGAUGAUAAUAAUAAUAAUAAAAACCAUUAUGUUGAUAAUAAUAAUAAUAAAAACCAUUAUGUUGAUAAUAAUAAUAAUAAUAAUAACCAUUGUGGUGUUUAUUUUAAGAGAAAAAGGAAAGAAAAAAAUGUUGAUAACAUUAGUUACCACAAUAUUGUAAAAGAUUUUUUUUUGGAUGUAUGUAAAUAUUCAAAGGAUUAUGAGAAAGAGAAAUUAUAUUUUAUGAGUAAAUUAUAUACAUGCAUGAUAUAUUGUUGUUAUAUAUUAAUAAAAAAUAAAUAUUAUCUUGAUUUUUUUUGUUUAUAUUUAUUAUUGAAAUCUUAUUUUUUCAUAGAUACUAUAAUAAUAAACAAGUAUAUAGUGUUACCAAAUUUUACAUGUCAUAAAAAAUUUCUACGUCUUUUAUUUUUAUUAUGUAAUAUUUGUAAUUAUAAAGAUACAGGAGAAAAUUAUAAUAUAUAUAAUGAAGAAAGAAUACAAGAUACACAUAAUAACAUAUGUAAUGAUUUAUAUUAUUAUAAUUAUACUAAUAAUAUAGAAGAUUCUUAUGGUUAUAAGAAUUCUAUAAAUAAUAUCUCAUAUUAUCAUAAGAAUAAAAUAAUAAAUAGAAAACAUUUUUAUUUAAUAAAUAAAAAUGAUGAUGAUAAUAUAAAUAUCGGAAAUAUACAAUUUUUAUCUUUUAAUUUAUUAUUUUAUGUACCUCUCAAGAUAAAUUUUAAUGAAAUGAAUUUUAUAAAUUUUCAUACAUUACAAUAUAAAUCAUUAUGUAAUUAUAUCUUAUCAUUUCAAAAUUCUUAUACAAGAAAAUUUUUAUUAGAUUUAAAUAAAGUGAAUAAUAUAACUUUUAAAUGUAAAGAAUAUUUCUUUAAAAAAACAAAUUUAUUAACAGAAAAAAAAAAUAAUAACAAUAUUUUUUUAUUUCCUAAUGAUUAUUUUCCAUCUUUACAAAAAAGAAAAAUUAAACAUAAUAAUAUCUUUAAUCAUAAAACUAAUAUACAUGAUGAACAUCAUACUAUAAAUAAUAUCUUAGUAUAUAAUUAUCAUCAAUCUAUGUAUUCACAAAAUAUGUUAAAUAUUCCAAAUAGUUAUUUUAAUGAAUAUGAGAAUAAAUUAAAAGAAGACACACUUAAUAACUUGAAUACAUUAUUCUCUCCACUGACAUCAAUACAAAACAAUAAUAAUAAUAAUAAUAAAUAUAAAUAUAUUCAUCCAAAUUAUAAUCUUUAUGGUAAUCAUGUCAAUAAUCUAUUUGUCGAUACCAAAAAAAUGAAAUCCAUCUUUUUAUUGAACCAUAAAGAAACAGGAAACCCGUUUUCUCUUAAUAAUCGUUUUGCUCAAGACACAUCAUUUAAUAUCAAGAAAAAGAAUAAAUUUCAUGAUUUUAUUUUUAAUAAUAAUAAUUAUUGUUAUUACAAUAAAAUGUUGUCAUUCCAUAAAAAUGACAUAUAUAACGAUGACGAUGAUUUCAUAAAAAAUGUGCUAUACAUACAUUAUCCACCUACAAAGAAUAUGAACGACAUAUUCACAUCUUCUUAUAAUAAUAUAAUAACAAAAAAAAAAAAAAUAGGAAACAACCAAAUAAUAAAAAACAAAAACAUAGUAAUGAACAAAAAUAUAGUAAUGAACAAAAAUAUAGUAAAGAACAAAAACGUAGUAAAGAACAAAAACGUAGUAAAGAACAACAAAAUAGGAAAAAACAACAAAAUAGGAAAAAAUAACAAAACAAUAAGAAAUACAUUUAACCAAUUUUUAAUCUCACCUUUUAAAAAAAGUGAAAAUUUUAUCUGGAAAAAAUCCUUUGUUAACGAUACUAAUGUAUUAAAAAUAUUAGAAAAUAAUAUUAUCCAUACUAAAAAAGAAAAGUAUAAAAACGUUUUCUUAACAAUAAUUAAUAGCAUGUAUGUAUCCAUACACGCUAAUAUUAUUAAUAGUCUUAAUAAUAGAAUUGACGAAUACAGAUUUGUAAUAUUCAAUAGAUUCUCAAACAUAUGUAAUUUGAAAAAAUAUAUUUAUAAUAAAGAAAAUGUACAUACUAACAAAGAUUAUAAUAUAUGGAAAAUAGAUAUUUUAAAUUGUCUUCUUGGGUACCAAGGAAACAUAUUUAUGUCGGGAAGGAACGCACACACGUUUAAAAGGAACAACGAAAAAAAAGGGGACAAAAGAUAUAUGGUAAAAAAAAAGAAGAAAAAUGUUAAAGCGGUGGAAAGCAUAAAAAAUGGGGAUGAAUUCCAAAAAAAGGAUUACAAAAAUGGCCUGGAAAAAAAAUAUGGAUACCCUUCAGGAAACUCCAAAAAAAAAAAUAUGCAUAUGAAAAAAGAAAUUAUCCAUUCUUACAAAUGUAAAAAAAAAAAAAAAAAAAAAAAAAAAUCAGAAUGUAUUUACAUAAGUAAAGAUAUUAUUUGUAUUAAUAGCGAACUAGCCAUAUGGUUAAAAAAGAAAAACAGAAAUAAACUUUGUCUUUAUUUUAAACCUUUACAAAAUUAUUUCUGUUCUAUGUAUUAUCAAAAUUAUUUACAUAUCUUUAUGUAUUUUUCAAAAAUCGGCACGUUUAUAAGAUAUAUCAAAAUAUUUAUUCUUGUGUUUACGAGAAUUAGAAAUAAUGAACGAAGUACAUUUAAAAAGUUCAAAAGGGUUAGAAAAAGCGAAAGUGAUUAUAUAAAUCUUACAUAUGAAAAAAAAAAAUAUAAAGAAAAAAAUAAGAUGAAAGGAAAUUAUAAAAAUAUUGUACGAGAUAAAAAUAUACCGUUAGGUGAAAUUUUUGUUACAUAUAUUAAUUGUAUUAAAAAAUAUUUAUUAAUUUAUGAAAAUAAAAUAAGAAACAUUAUUAAUGAUAAGGAUGUAAAGAAUCCUUUACAUAUAUAUUUACGUAUAAAAAAAUAUGGUGAGUGUAUUGAAUUUUUAAAUUUUCUUUGUUCAUGUUAUAUAAACUAUAAAGUAAGGAGAAUGUUUUUUAAAGAACGUAUUAAUUUUUACAAAUCAAUUGAUAACGAUAUAUCCUUUUCAUCAUCUUUUAAUAAUAAUAUAUGUACAAAGAAUAAAAUGAUAAGAGAUUAUAAUAAUCUUUCGAAUAUUAUAUAUGGUUUGUCUCCUUAUAAACACAAUAAUAAUAAUAAUAAUGAUAUGUUAUAUAAAAAUAUUAAUUUAUGUUUAAAGGAGAAAAAUGAAUUUAAAAAAGUUUUAAAUGAUGAUAAUGGAGUGAUAUAUAAUAAAGAAACAUACAUUCAUGAACUAAAUAAAAAAGAACAAGAGAAUUUCUUAAGAAACAAAACUUGUGUAAAUUUCAAUUCUUUAUUUUUUUAUCCACGUGGUAAUGAACUAUUAAAUUAUAUUUAUAUUUAUUAUAAUCUUUUUGUUAAUACUCAAAAAAAACACCUAACUAAAUUAUGUAAGUUUCUUUUUUUAAAAAUGAUAAAACCAUUCUUACAUUUCCUUUUUACAUAUGUAUAUAUGGGUAUAAAUAAAGAUUAUAGUUUCGAGUAUAUAAUUAAUACAAAUGAAGUAGCUCAUUUCUUUUUUAUUUUUCAUAAUGGAAAGAAAUAUUACGACCCGAAAUAUUUAUUGUCGGAUGUGUGUAUAUCUCUUCCGGUCUUUUUGAAUUAUUCUAUGGACGUCAUCUAUAAUACAGCACUCCUAUCUAGCAUUUUACGUGUAGCUAACGAAGAGUAUUUUUUUCUAUCCAUUCCAAAAAAGGACUCUCGAGAAAACGAGAAAUGCACACAAAGAUAUGUUGAUAAAACAAAUAGUAUGAUUAGUAUUACGAGUAGAUAUAAUGUGUAUAAUGAAAAUGUUGAUAUUUUGAAUUUGUUGUUUUAUACGUCGAUGGACAAGAUAACGAGCUUCUUACAACUUUAUAACAGCCCCCAAUAUAAAAAAACAAAAGGAAAAAAUGAUAAAUACGAAAAUGUGUUCAUUAAAUACUGGAAUGAUGAAAAAGAAUGUGAAGUUGCUUAUGAAAAAAUAAAACUGGAUAUUAAUAAAAAAUUAGAAAAAGACCUUUUAAUAUUUUACAAUAUGUUAAGUAAUCAUGUUAAUGGUAUGUGCUUAUAUGAUAAGAGAGCUUGGGAAAAUUAUUUUGAGGAAAAGAAAAAAAUAGAUCCAAAAAAAAACAAAGUGGAUAAAAUAUAUGAAGUUGAAAUAAGAAAGGAAAAGAAUAAAAAAAAUAAGAAUAGAAUAAAUAAAUAUUCAUAUAAUAACAAAGAAUAUAUUUUAAAAGAUUUAAGAAGAUGUCAAAAAAAAAUAAAAAAAAAUAAUAAAAUAAUAAUUAAAAUAAAUAAUAAAUGUAAUAUGUAUAAUAUGAAUAAUAUUUAUAGUAGAAUAUUAAGAAAUUUUCUUAAUAAAAAUAAAAAACGAAAAAAUAAAUUAUUUUCAUCAUAUGUAAAUAUAUUAAAUGAUUGUUUACAUAGAACUAUAAGAAAACAUAUUAUAAAAAAUAAUUUCAUUUAUAAUAAUAAACAAAAUAAUAAAAUAGUUCAAGAUAUAAAAGAAUUGUAUUCAUUAUCGAGUGUUCACAAUAUAAGAGAUAUAGAAUGUGGGUAUCAAGAAAGAAUGAGAAAGGAAAUGUUAAAAUUUGAUAUAAUUAUUGACCACAAAGAAAAGUUAAUAAAUUCUUUUAAUUUUGUUUGUGUGGAUAAUAUUUCAUUGGGCUUACAUAAUAAUAAUAAUAAUAAUAAAGCAUUGGAAAAUAAAGGAAAAAGUGGUGCAUACAAACCAUAUGGUAGUAAUAAAAAUAUAAACAAAAAUAUAAAUAUAAAUAAAAAUAUAAAUAUAAAUAAAAAUAUAAAUAUAAACAAAAAUAUAAAUAUAAACAAAAAUGUAAAUAUAAACAAAAAUGUAAAUAUAAACCAAAAUAUAAACAAAAAUAUAAAUAUAAAUAUAAAUAUAAAUAUAGAUAAAGGUAGUAACAUGAACAAUCCAUGUAAUCACCAAAAUAAGAAUAGGGAAGAUAUUCAUUACAAUAAUCAUUAUAAACAUAUGAUAUAUUUUCAUAAUAAACAUAAUGAUAAAAGCGAACUUUUAAAAAAGAACUCUGGUGGUCUUGAAUAUAACCAUGAAGAAAGAAAAUAUAAAGAGAAAAUUUAUAGUUGUAAACGAAAUUUUGAAAUAGAAAAUAUAAAUUAUUUUAUUUAUAGAAAUAUAUAUAGACCUAUUAAAUAUCACUAUGAUAUAACAAAUAAAAUAUUGAUAAAUUCAUUUUUAAUAAAUAUGAAUUUAUUAAUAUAUUUUUAUUUAUUGAAAUGUAUAUUAUUUGAUGAUAUGGAUGACAAUUAUAAUUUUUUAUGUAAUAUAUUAUUUAAUAAAAGAAAUAAAAUAAUUAACAAAAUAGAAAAUGAUGAUUAUAAUGAUAAUUGUUGUGAUCAUAUAUUUGUUAAUAAAAAUAAACAUAUGGUACAAUAUUUUUUAAACAAAAAUUUUUAUACAUCAUGUAAUAUUAAAAAUAAAUGUGUAGAUAAAAACAAAUUAUAUUAUACAGAUAUAUCGACUAUAUUUUUUUAUAUACAUUUUAAAAUAAAUGUUCCUAAACUAUUGAGAAUAUUUUUUGAUCAUAAAGUAGUUAAUUAUUAUAAUGAUAUUUAUAGAUUAACAUCCUUAUUAUAUUUCUCUUUAUUAAAUUUAAAUUAUAUAUUUUUAAUAUUCUCAACAUUAUGUCGUCCCACAAUUUUCCAAUGUAAAAAAUGGAAAGGAGGAAACCCCUCCACAGCAGAAGGCCAAAACAAAAUUGUACAAAAAAAUAAUAUGGCAACGUUAAAAAAUAACAAAUUGAAGAUAUAUAAAGAAAAAAAAAAUAUAAAUUUUAUUAAGAAUGAUUCUUAUAAAGAUGAUUAUAAAAAUGAUGAUGAAUAUGAUUAUCAUAGUAGUAACAGUACUCUAAGUAGUGAAAAUUUAGUAACGAACCAAAUAUUUAAAGAAAAAGAUUUCAAGUAUAUGCAUAUAAUUAAUAAUAUUAAAGAUAAUCAUUUAUUAGAAAACGAAGAUUAUAUAAAUUCAUGUCCAUGUUACAUAACAAAGAAUACAAGUAAUGUUUAUUUUAUGACUAAAGAAAAAUAUGUAAAUGUAGGGUUUCAUAAAAAUUUUAUACAUUUUAAAAAGUUAAAUAAAUUUCUUCAAAAUAUAAAAAUAUAUAAUGAUACUUUAAAUGAUUUAUAUAAAAUAAGAUCAGAAAUGCAUUUUAUAAUAAAUGCUUUAUAUGAUUAUUUAAUGUAUAUGAAUCUUUCUAAAAAUUAUUUUACAUUUUUUCAAAAAAUUGUAACAGUUCACAAUUUUUACGAUUUAAUAAAAAUACAUGAAUCAUUUGUACAACAUAUAUUUAAAUUAUCCUUUUUAUCAAAAACAGAUUUGUCAUUUAUUAAAAUAAUAUUUAAUAUUAUAAAUACUGUAAAUAUAUUUAAAUACAUAAUGAAAAGUAUUAUCCCAUUGGGGGGAAAUAUCAAACAAUUAAAUGUAUCGAAAACAUGUAACAUAAAUACAUAUGAUGAACAUACAUUAUUAAAUUAUGAAGAAUGUAAACAACAUGAUUAUUAUAAGUCUUUUCUUUUUUUAUUUGAACAAAAUUUUAAAAUUCUUGAACAUAAUAUUAUUCUUCUAACAUCUCAAAGAACACAGGAUUUUAUAAAACAAUUUUACAUAAACAGGAAUCAUUUUAUACAAUAUGUAAACAAAUUUAAAAAUAGUGACCUUAGUUAUAUAUAUCAGAAAUUUUUUUUUAAUGAAUACUAUGCUCAUUUGUGUGACGAAAGUUACGAUACACCAUAA